AUGGAGGAAGCAGCGGCGCAUCCUUAUGUUCCCAGAGAUCUGAAACUGCCUGGAUACGUUCCAAUCACCAUGUCCAUGUCAAACAUCCUCACUCUCUACCUCGGUGCUUCUCUCUUUGUUGUCACCUUCGUCUGGUUUCUACUCGGUAGGAAGAAAGCUCAUCUUGAUAGAUUGUUAAUGUGCUGGUGGGCUUUCACUGGUCUCACUCACAUGGUUCUUGAAGGCUAUUUCGUUUUCUCCCCUGAGUUUUACAAGGACAACACUUCUUGUUACCUUGCUGAAGUUUGGAAAGAAUACAGCAAAGGUGACUCGAGAUACGCAGGCAGAGACUCUGCAGUUAUAGCUGUUGAAGGCAUCACUGCUGUUAUUGAAGGUCCUGCUUGUCUUCUAGCUGUAUAUGCUAUUGCUAAGAGGAAGUCGUACAGCUACGUGCUUCAGCUUGCUAUCUCUCUAGGCCAGCUCUACGGAUGUCUUGUCUAUUUCAUUACUGCUUUCUUGGAAGGAGAUAACUUUGCAACGAACUCUUUCUACUAUUACUCUUACUACAUUUUCGCUAAUGGAUGGUGGGUUUUGAUUCCUUUACUCAUUUCUUACCGUUGCUGGAACAAGAUUUGCGAAGGUUCCAAUGGUGUGGAGAUAAAGAUGAAGAAGAAAAUCCGUUAG